CCGCACCAUCCCAUUCGCCCCGUACCCUUCACCACCUCCACUCUCCUUGUCCCCCCUCUCCUGUGCGUCUGUCCUUUGACAUGAACUGCCCCUCGUCACGCUCCACCUGUCCUCCUCGGCCAAUGGCAGCGGAAAACGAUGCCCUCCCUCCAUGUCGCUUACGGGGAAACGUGUCCUUCGCCAUCAUCACUAUUUAAUGCUCCGUCGUUCCUUGUCCGUCAUGGCCAGCUCUUGCUUAAAGCAGAUACUACACCAGUCAAAAUAAUAGCCAACAAAAGGAGGAGAUGGUGCGGCAAGGCGGUUGCUGUCUAACGAUGUACGGCGGAGUUGGCGACGUCGAUGCUGCCUGGAAGGUGAGGCGGAUCAUGCUCAGGUUCCGCCCCAUCGCCCCCAAGCCCGCCUCCGCUGAAACAGGUUCCCCGGCGGUCUCUGUAGUCUCCACAGAGGCGCGCGCCGUAGCGAGGAGGCCGAAGAGGAAGAGAUCCGCUAAGUCCCAGGGCAGGAAGCCUAGGAGGGGGCAGGCGACUGCGGUAAAGGAGGAUGAGAAGUCAUCGUCGACGAUCGUGACGCUACCGUUGAUUCCAGAGAUGCCGGAGGGGAAGGACGAGGCGACGGAGUCGUCGAUGCAGCAUUCUAGUCCUGUUACUCCUUCUGCAGCCGUGGUGCCGACUUGGAUGGGGCGAGGGGAGGGGGGAGGAUCGGAGUCGUGGCCGGUGAGGGUCGUAAGUUUGUGGGUGACGGUGGAGUGCGUGACGGACAUGUGGAGGGAGGGGGAGAUCGCACGUAGGAGCGACGAGGGGGUGAGGGCGGCGUUGGCUGCGGACGAGUGCCCCGGUUUUGUGUCCGAUGUGUGGGAACGGGUGACGUGGACCAACGAGGCCUGCCGGAGGAGGGUGGUGGGUUCCUCGUCGGGAGACCGCGGAGUAAGGGAGGAGAACGAGGCGGUGAGGGUGGAGCUGGUGACGCGGGGAUUGGUGCCUCCGGCUUGGGAAUGCCGAGCGUUCACUUGCAGGGUGCGUGUCAGGCAGGCGAAGCCUCCAGGGAGGCAGAUGACUCCGUCCUCGCCACUGGCAGCGCCGUGCGACGUGUGGAGGUUGGACAGCGGCGGUUGCGCGUGGAGGCUCGACGUCAAAGCGGCGCUAAGUCUCGGCUUUUAAGCGACGGGCCAGCGGGAAAGAAGGAAGAAGAAGAAGAAGAGCACUGUUGUUUUCUGCCAUCAAAACUGCAGCAGACAACCAAAAGUAACAUAACCAUGGUAUUGGCCAUAAAA